CUAGCAUUAUAGGAGAGACGUUAUGUAUAAAAACCAGCUUUCCGACUUAUUUUUCGUCUUCCUCUUAAUGAUACACUCGCUGCCAAAUUCUCAAGAUAUAACCUCCGUCUGGUUCUUAUCAACACCGAACAGUGCAUAACUACCUCUCAGCCUUGGAACGGCCUGUAAUCACUACGUAUAUUAUAUCCCCUGCCAACUAUAUUUCGCUUCAGGACACCCCGUCGCAGCCAAGGUAAAAUCACGUCGAAGUCCAGCAUUAAAAAAACUCAUCAUGAUUUUAAACGGCACCUCAUCAUCCGACGUCCGCGUGGUCGUCACGGCCCACGACGAAGAGGGAAUCUCCAUCUUCCAAUCGGACAGAACACAACAACCCUUCAUGCCUUUUGGUCCAGGAGGAAGUUCUUUCUCGACCUUUGACACUCGUUCUUCACUGCCUAUAAAUAAUCAGGAUGAACCACAAGACCUCCAGAACAUGAUGCCCCGUCCCGAGCCGGCCGGUGUCACAUUCUGCAUAGCCAAUAUGGCGCCCCAACACAGCUCACCAAUGCACCGCACUCUAAGUUUAGACUACUGCGCCGUGCUGUCGGGCGAGAUUGUGCUUGAGCUGGAUGGUGGCGAGGAGAAGACUAUUAAGGCGGGCGAGGUGGUCGUGCAGCAGGGUGUCAACCACGUGUGGCACAACCGCACGGAUGAGGUCUGUAAAAUUGUAUUCGUCAUGGUGGGAGCGGAAACGGUUAAACUUGCGAACGGACAGGAGCUGGGGAACAUUUUGAACGGGAAAUAGUUCUAAUGCCUGUUAGACUUUCGAUAUGAGCGUGUUUGUGUUUGGUUAGUUAAGGGGUCUGGCUGGUGGUAUGGAUAGAAGUUAGAACCCUAGGUAGGGUAUUCGGACGGGGGUUUGGGUAUGC